UUAUUGGGUUUUAAAGUAGGGGUUUUAGGUGUCCUAGGAAGAACUGAACAGAUGUUGCGUUCCUUUUCAUCUUCAUUUCACAGACUUUCUCUUUUCAUGGCUUCCGAAAAAACUCAACGUCUCCAUCAAAUUACAGGAACCAACUUCCAGAACACAUCAAAGAGACCAAAAACAAUGUCCAUUGCUACUGACACUGCCACUGUCACAGAUUCUGCUAUGAAGGAACCAUUUACCAAAUAUACCGAAUAUCUCAAUAACCUUAAUGAUAAACGGGAAAGAGUGGUCAAAGCAAGUCGAGAUAUAACAAUGAAUAGCAAAAAGGUCAUAUUUCAAGUGCACAGGAUGAGUAAAUACAACAAAGAUGAAGUACUUGAGAAAGCAGAAAAGGAUUUAGCUGCUGUGACAAACCAGCACGUGUCUCGACUAGUCAAAGAAUUGCAGGGAACUGAUUUUUGGAAGCUAAGACGAGCCUACUCACCCGGGAUACAGGAGUAUGUCGAAGCAGCUACUUUCUGCAGUUUCUGUAAAAACGGAACUCUUUUGAAGCUUGAUGAGAUAAAUAAAACAUUGUUACCGCUAAGUGAUCCUUCUCUUCAGCCUCUGCAGAUAAACAUCCUUGACUAUAUAUUAGGGCUUGCAGAUUUGACUGGAGAGCUGAUGCGUUUGGCUAUUGGUAGGAUAUCAGAUGGUGAACUUGAAUUUGCUGAGAAAAUAUGCAGCUUUGCGCGUGAUAUAUACAGGGAGCUUACGCUCGUCGUGCCACAUAUGGAUGACAGUUCUGAUAUGAAAACAAAGAUGGAAACCAUGCUCCAAAGUGUAAUGAAAAUAGAGAACGCUUGCUUUAGUGUUCAUGUCAGAGGAUCAGAGUAUAUACCACUUCUGGGAUCAAAUGAUCCAAGUUCUUUCUUAGUGGGAGUUCCUGAUAUUGAACUAUGAGGUCAUGAAUUGGAAACAAAGUGAAAUUUAUGUAGAUGAGUGAUAUUUACGGUGAUUCUUACUAGUCUCCUUUGAGACUAAAGAAAGACACUUUGGCAUAAAAAUAUAACUAUGCUACCAUAGGAAUAUUUUGUUUUUGUUUUUUAAUUAGACGAUAAUUUAGGUAUGUCCAAGCCUUGUUUUGACAUGUAGACAGUACAAGGCUGAUUCUAGCUAGGACCGCCUUUAGAAGUGGUUUAUGGUGGAUCAUGAAUGAUGACCAUUAGAAGAAUAUUAUUUUUGCAGAUUCAUUGGAUCUUGUAGUUGAUUCCAUAACCAUUCCCAUGUUUAUUAUAAGAUUGAAGGAAUUGAAUGUUUAUUAA